CGCUAUUAAGUAUCACGUUUCUAGGCAACGGAUAACAACAGGGCAAAUCCUUAUCGGACCAGUCUCCAAAUAUAACGCAGGCAGCGCUCUGGAAGUUUCAAGUUCAAGCAGCAACAUGGACCAUUCAAGCAUCAACAAACCCAAGAUGUUUGACAGCAAACAAAAAGAAAAGAUCUGUGAAGAAAAGAGGCAUCAGCCAUAUACACUGGAAAAGUCUCAGCAACCUGGACACACCAAUUUUACAAAGUGUACUUCUGCAAAGAAAAAUCCAGUCAGCUCUAAGGAUGAAGAUGUACCUGACGGUAUUCCACUGAAGCCUGUCUCCGUCAAGAGAGCAGUCAACCCCAGACCGGGUCACACAGAGGGCCGCCAUCGCCUCACUCACGGAGCCACAGGGGUCCAAACAUCCCGACAUCCGUGGGGAGAUCCCGACCAGCUGCCUGAUGACCAACGGCGCCAGGCCCACGCCAUAAACAACCAACAGCUGAUCCUUCAGGAGAAGCUGAUGAGGACAGCGCAGGUUUGGAAGACGGCCAUCAUACAGGACAGGGAGUCUUCAGAGACAGGGUGCAGAGAACCAGGCCGGAGGAGGGAUCCCGACUUGAGGACAGAAGGGAGGGCCGGCCAUCCACAGGAAGGAAAGAGGGACAAGUGGGACACACAGGAGGGCAAAAAGGUGGAGAAGUUUCCACCCAGGAGGCCAGGGAGAGCGGAGCAGCCCAGCGACUACAAAACAGGAGCAAGCGAACAUCUCAGCAGGUGGGCCGACGAGGGCGUGGCAGUGAUGGAAUCGACCGGCCAUAAAGAAAGGGGUAAAAGGAGCAGCGUACAGUCAUCGGCCAAAACGAGAGGAGAGUCCCAAGGGGGUCAGGCCAGAGCAAACGAAACAGAGGAAGAGCCGCAGGGGAGGGAGAGGAGCUCCGCGGGGGGUCACGGCUCUCGUGGUGAGAAGGAGCAAGUGGGCCAGAGGCGUUCUGGGCACAGGCACUCGGCAGAAGGUCACGGGCGCUCUGCAGAAGGUCACGGGCGCUCGGCAGAAGGUCACGGGCGCUCGGCAGAAGGUCACGGGCGCUCGGCAGAAGGUCAAGGGCGCUCGGUAGAAGGUCACGGUGGUAGAGAAAGGCCCCCUCCCCAGCGGUCCGGGAGGCCACAAGUGGAAGAUCCAAUCCCAGAGGAGAAGGCAGAAGCCAGCCUCCAGCUGCUUGCCUGCCAAUACUGUGAUAGAAAAUUUGCAGCCGCAAGACUGGAGAAACACCUGACCAUCUGCGAGAGGCUCCACCAGUCUCGACGCAAAGCGUACGACUCCUCUAAACACAGGAUCCAAGGGACGGAGAUGGAGAAAUUCAGGCAACACAGAUGCGAGACCGACUCUUCUGAGGUAAAGAAGAGUAGCAGUGGUCAAAAGCCGGCGGCCAAUAGGAGCAUGCACCUCCAGGGGGGUCUGGAGCAGGUCACAUGUCCUCACUGUUCCCGCCGCUUUGCCCCCCGAUCGGCGGAGCGACACAUACCCUUGUGCGAGAACAUCCGAAGCCGCCCUCCUCCUCCUCGUCAUCGCUAUUAAGCUGUACAUUGUGCAUUAAAGACUGGUUUGUUGCAUUAAAAGUGUGCGUGUGAAUUUUAAAGUUCUGCCCAGAAAUAAAAAAACAGAACAAAAUGUUACAAAAUAUA